CGUGAGGCUGUCUGAGUUCCCCAUUCGGCUCCUCAACAUGAAGAAGAGAAGCGCGUGAGGUGAGGCGAGGCAGUGUGAUUUCAUCAGGAUGCUCAGGCUGUUCGCGGCGCUGAUGAUUGUUGGGCUUCUGCUCGCCUGCUUCACUACCUGGCUGUUUGACAGCUAUGACACCGCCUGGCACCCGAAGCGCAGUUUACACCAGUCCAAGAAGAUCGGCCCACCGUUUCCCAGCGGGCAGCGGGACAAUAUAUUUUGGUUUGUGCAGGUGUCCGACAUCCAUAUCAGUCGUUUCCACGAUCCGAGGCGCAUUCCAGACUUCGAGAGGUUCUGUAGUGACACUAUUGAUGUGAUAAAACCUGAUCUUGUGCUGGCCACAGGGGACUUAACAGAUGCAAAGACUGAGAGUAAAAUGGGCUCGCUUCAACAUGAAGUGGAGUGGCAGGCCUACCACAACGUCCUUAAAAGAUCACGAGUGCUGGAACGCACUAAAUGGAUCGACAUUCGGGGAAACCAUGAUGCCUUUAAUAUUAUUUCUCUGGAGAGCGUGAACAAUUAUUACAGAAAGUACUCUGCCAAUCAGAAAGUUGGAUCCUUCCACUACAUACACAGAACCCCCUUUGGGAACUACUCGUUCAUUUGUGCCGAUGCCACUCUGACCCCUGGACCCAAACGGCCCUAUAACUUCUUUGGGAUUAUCGAUCAAACUCAGAUGGACAUGUUGGCGACAUUUAGAGAGGAGAGCUUGAGCAGUAACAAGUCCAUCUGGUUUGGACAUUAUACCACAUCUACUGUCAUCUCCCCCUUCCCAGGAAUCCGAGAGCUCAUGAGUACAGCCGUAGCGUAUUUGUGUGGGCACCUACACACACUAGGAGGCUUCAUGCCAGUACUGCACAGUCGACAUCAAGGAGGCACGAUGGAGCUAGAGCUGGGAGACUGGAUGGAGAACCGCAGGUACAGGAUAUUGGCUUUCGACCAUGACCUGCUUAGUUUCUCUGAUUUGACGUUUGAGGACUGGCCAGCUGUGCUGAUCACCAAUCCCAAAGACGCACAGUACCUUCACCCAGGAGUGGAGCCUCUGGGUCGCAUCCGCAGUUCCACGCACAUCAGGGUCCUGGCUUUUUCUGAAUCUCCGAUCACAGCUGUGUAUGUGAGUGUGGAUGGAGUUUCACUGGGAAAAGCGGUCAGCGCUGGGGGUCCUUUAUAUGUGCUGCUCUGGGAUCCAACACUCUACGCUACGGGACUGCACACUAUCAGAGUAAAAGUGGAGGACUCGGCAGAUCGCUCAAAAGUGCGAGAGCAGCACUUCACCCUGGAGGAGGACCUCACCCCCAGCUUUGGCUUCAUGCAGUCCUUCAUCCUCCUCACAGACCACUACAUACUGGCACGGAUUGCCUUUGUGGCAAUAAUAUUACUAAACCUUGGUGGACUUGUACUCUUCAGAUUUAUGCCUGUAUCUUCAACAAGAGGGCUGUCUUCUCAAGCGUGGAUCUCCCUGCAUCUUGUCAGUAAGAGCAACGUGUUCUACUACUCUCUGCUGCUCUUCAACCUGUGUACAGCAUUAGGUCCAUGGUUCAUUGGGGAAGUCAUAGAUGGACACAAUGGAGCCUGCUUUUCUUUUGGUGUGUUUGUGGAUGGGCAUUUCCUUCAAGGCAGUCUGUCAUAUGUCGUGGGAGUCAUGCAGGUGCUUUUCUUCAAUAUGCCUCUCACUUAUUACCUCUGCUGGAGUCUUCACCACAGGUGUCGUGGCACCAACUUCCGCUCACAAAUCUGCCGGCCGGGCUGCCGCUGGAGGACUCUGGCCAUGCACUUCGGCAUGCUGGUCCUCAUGAUCUGGCAAGCCUAUUCUUGCUACUUCCUGCUGGAGACCUACGGGCCACUGGCCUUCUUCCUGUCUCCCGUGCGUACCUGGGCCUUUCUCAUGGGCCUGCUGUUGGUGUACAGAGCAUGGUGGGGAACUCCUCCUCGUUUCUCCGAUGGCAGCAAGACCAACCGGCCAUUGUGACGCUGACAGUUGCAGAGGGGCCUUCACCUGUAUCAUUAUGACAGACAUUGUUUUGUGCCAAGCUCUUCCCUCCGUUCACCGCUGUCUUUACGGUCAUCAAAUUGCCAAUCAUUCCCAUUACAUGUUAGAAUAGGAAAAAAAAAAACCUUUAGUUAAUAUACAAAUCCGUUGUAUGGAGCGAUGAUAUCGUCAUCAUCACACGUGGAUGAUGGAGCCGUUUAAAACCUUUGACACUCGGACACUGUGGUAGUCUUCAUAGCCAGUUCCCUCCAUUGUGAACCCAAGCAGUGUUGAAGUCCUAACAGAUGUGUGUGGUUAAGCAUACCUAUUACUUUGAUAAUCUGCACAUUAUGUUCUUGUCAAAUUAUGUUUGUUUUUAUGUGUGAGGAGCAAUCAAGAAAGGAAUAAGACUGCCUGAUAUUCUUAAUGAUUCUGCACGAAACUGCCAGUACACAGAGAGGUCAUUUAAUAUGGAUCUUCUCAAAUGUUUUUAAAGCAUAUAUCACACUAAAGAGGGGAAGAUAUCUCUUUCUCAAUUUUCUUACACCUGUACACAAUAUUUAAUGGUUAAUUUAUAUGACGAAGCUGGCCAUUAUCGCAAAUUGUUUCAGACAGAAUCACACACCACUCCACCAAUGAAAUUAAUUUCAAAAGAAGACGAAGCGUCAAGGUUUGCAUGUCGCCAAGCAACAAACAGAUCGGAACUGUGUAUGUGAGCAUAAUGGGACACUGUUCAGCCAAUCAGAACUAUAAUGACCAGCAUUAUCCCCACUUAUUACAUGGCUACUUACCAAAAUACCCACUUAUUUUAAUGCUAGGAUAAACUGUACCGUCACAUGAGGGACAUGAAAUUGCAUGGACUAAUGCUAAAUUGUAUAGUUUAGUGGUCAUUAUACAAAAAUAUUUGACAUAGAAUGCCAACAUUGACCAGAAGGUGUCAGAAUUAUAGGGUUAGUUCACCCAAAAAUGAAAUUUCUAU